CCUUGGCCGGCCUCACGCGCAUGUACAUGCUUUGUAUUUAUAAAUGUUUUCGUGUGUGUUUAUGUGUAUAUGUAAAGUAAUUUUGACGACGGCUUACGCAAGAAAAUAUGUUUGACAUUUGACGACUGAAGAGAAGAUUUGAAAAUGGGGUUAUAACCCCGAAACUCUAGUCAUCAAAGACAAUAGAGGACUGAUUGACGACAGUGAUGGGCAGUCGAAGAACACCUUACACAGUGACUCGCUCUAUUUCUCCUACCACUUGCUGUUGCCUUCAUCUCAGAUUUCUGCAGACUGUGCCAGGGACGCUCAAGCUGGCUCAACUGAUGAUUGGCAGUGUUUGUGAGGCCUUGUUGGUGAGUUACGGUCGUGAUGAUGUCAAUAAACCCAUGAUUGGUCCAGCAAUCUUGACCUUCCUCAACACAGUAUCGAGUUGCAUCUGGACAACUACGUUGCUCAUGACCUGUUAUAUCAUCUCACACAACUCCUAUGGCCUCAUUAGAUCAUCUUUGCUGGAACUGAUGUUCAGCUUACUUGCUACACUGUCUCUGUGUAGUAGCUCAAUCUAUAUGUGUGCUUCUGUGUCACUCAUCCUCUAUCCUCUUUAUGAAACUACUAAAGUAGUAACCAUGGGCUUGGCUGUCACUCACUACCCUGCCAUCAUGGCAUCUUAUAUGCUUGGAUUUAUUCUUACAGCCUUGUACGGUCUAGAUGCAUACCAUGCUUACUGCCAUUUUAAGGGAUAUGCAUGAUUUUAGGUGAUGUAACAAUUUUUUAUAAAAUCUUUUUU